AUGCGAAGAGAGUUAUUCCUUCGUAUAGUCGAAGCUUUGCAAAAUCAUUCUGAAUAUUUCCAGUUGAGGGUCGAUGCAACUGGCAAAAAAGGUUUAUCGCCACUUCAAAAAUGUACAGCUGCUAUCCGUCAAUUGGCGUAUGGAGCCCUUGCCGACCAUUAUGAUGAGUACCUACGAGUUGCUGAAAAAACUUUCAUCGAAUACUUGUUCAACUUCUGUCGAUGUGUAAUUGAUGUAUUUGGGGCACGAUACUUGAGAAGACUCAAUGCUACUGACAUUCAACGUUUGCUCCAAAUGCAUGAACAGAGACAUGGUUUCCCUGGAUCGCGAAAUGAUAUCAACGUGCUUAACGAAUCACCUUUAUUUAACAAUAUAUUACAAGGAAAUGCAACAGAGGUUAAUUUUACAAUAAAUGACAUACAAUAUACGAAAGGAUAUUAUCUAACAGACGAGAUCUAUCCGCAAUUGGCUACUUUCGUCAAGAGCUUUCCCUGUCCCCAAGAUCCCAAGAGAGAGAAGUUCAAGGAAAGACAGGAGGCUACAAGAAACGAUGUCGAGCAGGCAUUUAGGGUGCUCCAAUCUCGUUGGGCGAUAGUCAGAGGUCCUUGUCGAUUUUGGUACAAGAGUAACUUGAAGGAUAUCAUGCUUACGUGUAUAAUUUUGGAUAACAUGAUAGUUGAGGACGAGGGGGAUGCAGUAAGAAAUUGGUCAGAUGAAGAUAGUAAUGAUCCUCUUACACAGAUAAAUCAAGGUUCGACAGAAGAAUUCCGAGAGUACAUAAGGAAAAAUUGCGAGCUACGUGAUAAUCAAGUGCAUCAUCAACUUCGAGUUGACUUAGUUGAGCACAUAUGGACACACUAUGACUGCGAUGAAUAA